AAGGAAGCGAGAAAAUCUUAUAUCAACUGUAUAAUAUUACACUUAAAUUGCUAUUUGAGGAAGGAAGAGAGCUGGAAAACCUAACAUGGCUGAAGCUGCUGUAUCAUUCGUUGCACAAAAGCUUACUGAUUUGCUUUGCCAAAUUAACUUUCACACCGAUGUUCGUAAGGAGAUUAGUCGCUUGGAAGACGAACUAAAAAGGAUGCGUUGCUUCUUGAGAGACGCCGACGCAAAGCAAGACGAAGAUGACAGAGUUCGCAAUUGGGUCUGCGAAAUCAGAAGUGUUGCUUAUGAAGCUGAAGAUCUCAUCGAUACAUUCAUCUUGAAGGUCGAUUCCUUGAGGAAAAAGCCUUUCAUCAAGAGAUCCACCUCUUAUUACACUGACUGGAGAAUUAGGUCCAAGAUUGCAUACAAGCUCGAGGAGAUCCACAAAAGACUUGACAACAUCUCUGCAAGUCGUGAAACUUUUGGUAUCAGAAAUAUUGGAGAAGGAACGACAAGUACCAGUGAGACGCUGAGGAAAUUGAGAAGAUCGUCUCCUCGCGGCGAGGAAAGGGAUCUCGUUGGCUUGGAGGAAGGGACUGCAAAAUUGGUGGGCCGGCUUGUGCAGUCGGGAGAUCGUUGGCGUGCUAUUUCCAUAGUCGGAAUGGGAGGAAUUGGAAAAACUACUCUUGCUAGAAAAGUCUAUAAUCAUAGCGAAAUCAUGGUUCGUUUUCCUUCUCGCGCUUGGAUUUAUGUAUCGCAGGAGUUUAAUGUCAGAUAUAUACUUCAAUCAAUUAUAAAACAAAUUAUGCCAGUAGGAGAAGAACUCCAAACUUUGGGAGAAGAAGAAUUGGAGGGAUUGCUUUAUGAUAACUUAUGCAGGAAACGCUAUUUGGUGGUUUUGGAUGAUAUAUGGAGCAUCAAUGACUGGAAUUCCCUUUCCAAGGCUUUUCCAGCUACAGAUAAUGGAAGUAGAUUGUUGAUUACAACUCGGAAUAAAAACAUUGCUCUGCUCGCUGACCCUCAAACUUCUCCGUAUCAUUUUCAAUUCCUAAACAAAGAGAACAGUUGGGAGUUGUUCAGCAAGAAAGCAUUUAUGGAUGGAACUGAUACCUUUUCUCCGUUAUUGGAGGAAAUUGGGAAAGAGAUUGUGGAGAGAUGCGCUGGUUUGCCUUUAGCCAUCAUUGUAAUUGGUGGGUUGCUUUCCAGAAAAAGGAAUCAUCAUGAAUGGCAAAGAGUUCUUAAUAACAUGUACUCGCUUUUUGCCCGAGACCAGACUGGAGUUUCUGCAAUAUUAGCUUUGAGUUACAAUGACUUGCCAUAUUAUUUGAAAGCUUGCUUCCUUUAUUUAGGUCAUUUUCCAGAAGAUUGUGCAAUUACAACGCGGAAAUUGUUUCGAUUAUGGGUUGCCGAGGGUCUGAUUCCGGAUCAACAAGAAAGGAUGGAAGAUGUUGCAGAAGAUUACUUGAAUGAGCUGAUUGACAGAAAUAUGGUUCAAGUUGCAAGAAUGAGCGUUGACAGGGUCAAGCAAUGCCGUUUGCACGAUCUACUUCGAGACCUUGCCAUCUCGAAAGCAAAGAUAGAGAAUUUUCUUGAAAUUCCUAGUGAUAUAAACGGAAGCUCUUCCCCAUCUAGUUAUGGGCCGCGCCGUCAUCCAAUCUAUUCGAGCUCUCAUUUGUCCUCAUUGGAGCAUUCCUCUCCACAUCUCCGUUCCCUCCUCUUCUUUAGAGUUGUCAGUCAAGCUCGUUAUAAAUUCUUACGUGGUAGGAAUCCUACAGAUGUUUAUGAACUAUCAGCUGCCAAUCUUGAGUAUAUUAGCUUGAAUUUCAAACUGCUAAGAGUUCUAGAGUUAGAGGGCAUAUCUUGUAGUAGCAUUCCAAGCAGAAUAGGUGACCUUGUUCAUUUGAAGUAUUUGGGAUUAAAAGAGACUAAUAUUCAAGUGCUUCCCUCAGCAAUAGGUUCUUUGAGAAACCUGCAGACUCUUGAUAUUGCAGGAAACCUUCAUCUUCGGAUAGUUCCUAACGUUAUAAGGAAUAUGAUAUAUUUGCGGCAUCUUUACAUGUGCGGACAUGAACUUGGUUAUCUUCAAAUUGACACCCUAAAGCAUUUGCAGACUCUUACGGAGAUACAUGUUGAAGGAUGGAAGCAUAACAAAUCCAGAAGUUUAUUAAGUCUCCGAAAAUUGGGAAUUCGAGGAAACUUAAAUUUGAACACAGAUGACAUAUUCAAGUCUCUUGCAGAGCUAUCACAACUUCAAUCUCUGAAUCUGCGAGCAGAACAAUCUGGAUUUCCAUCCCUGGCUCAACUUGCUUCUCUUCGCUGCCUGAGCAAGUUGCAUUUGAGAGGAAGGAUAGCACAAUCACCGAGAAUAGAAGAGUUCCCACCAAGUCUUUCUCAGUUGACGUUAGAACACACCCGUCUCAAGCAAGAAUCAAUAGAGACACUUGAGAAGCUUCCAGAAUUAUUAGUUCUGAGAUUAAAAGCACAGUCAUACAGUAAAGAGAAAUUGGCAAUUUCUGGUAAUGGGUUUCCUCAACUGAAGUUCCUUGAGUUUAACAGCUUGGGAUCGUUGGAAGAGUUGAAUGUAGAACAAGGUGCACUGCCAAGGCUUAGAAGUCUUAGAAUUAUCAAAUGCAUGGGACUUAAAAUGCUACCUGAAGAGUUGAAGUGUCUGACUACUCUUCAAGAGUUGCAUAUUGAAGAGAUGCCAAAAGUCUUUGUCGAGAGACUUAGAGGAGGAGACCUUCACAAAGUCCAGCACAUUUCUUCAAUCAUAUUCGAAUAGGUAAAGAUAGCUCUUGGCAGCAUUUUCUAGAAAAUGCAUAUUCCAUCCAAUGAAAUGUGUCUUGUUGAGGUGUUAGUAUUCUGUACGUACUGGAAAGCUUCUAUAAAAGUGUGAAAAACCAAAAAGAAUUUCAUAUCCAAAGGUGGGUCUUGCUUUUCCGAGCGCAAAGGCCCGUCGGUAAAAAUUUUACCUAUUGUACGUAUGGAUCAAACCGUCGAAAAUAAAUUUUUCUUUAUUAAAAUAA